AUGUCGCAGACAUCUGUGGGUCUCGGGGAGGCAAAACCCUAUGCUGACAUUCCAGGUCCCAGCAAAUUUCAGCUAGUGCGAGCUUUCCUGCCGGGCGGUCGCUAUAGGGGGCUGCCGGUGCACGAAAUGUUCCUCGAUCUGAAUCGUCAGUACGGCGGCAUCUUUCGGAUGCCCAGCAUCGCCGGAGUGGAUAUGGUGCUCACCAUGAACCCCCAGGACUACGAGAUCAUCUUCAGAAACGAGGGCCAGUUUCCCUACAGGAGAAGCUUCGAGGUGAUGGACUAUUUCAAAAGAGUUCACAGGCGGGAUGUUUUCGAGGGCCACGAUGGAUUGACCUCGGGAAACGGCCCAGAGUGGGGAAAAAUGCGAACUGCCGUGAAUCCCAUUUUGCUCCAGCCGCGGAAUGCCAAACUCUAUAUAAGUAAUCUCCUUCAGGUCAGUGAUGAAUUUUUGCAGCGCAUCCGUUCUGCCCGAGAUCCAGUCACCCAGGAGAUGCCCGAUGACUUUGUCGAGGACAUACGGAACUUGGUGAUUGAGUCCAUUUGCUCAGUAGCCUUGAACGCGCACCUCGGCCUGCUGGGAGAAAAUAGAGACAAUAGGGACGUUGUCUCCUUGAAAUCCGCCUUGAAAGAUGUGGUGGAGCUGGGCUUUCAGCUGGACAUGAUGCCGCCCCUUUGGAAGUACCUGCCUGUGCCAAGUUUCAAGAAACUGAUUAAAUCCCUCGACACCAUCACGGAUUUCUGUUCUCACCACAUUGAGCUGGCUCUUAAGAGGGUCGAGGCGGACUCCAAGGCAGGAAGACAGUCGGAUUUGGGCUUAGAAACCAGUCUACUGGAGAAGCUGGCCAAGUUUGAUCGCCAGACCGCCGCCAUUAUUGCCAUGGACUUGCUUUUUGCUGGAGCGGAUCCGACCUUAGUUUCCCUCGGAGGCACAUUGCUGAGUUUGGCCAAAAAUCCCAGCAAGCAGGAUCGGCUGCUGGCGGAGAUCCGGGGCAUCCUGCCGGAGAAGAACUCGCCCCUGACAAUGGAAAACAUGAAGAAUCUGCCCUAUCUAAGAGCCUGCAUCAAGGAGGGCAUCCGGCUGUAUCCCAUCGGACCUGGCACCCUUCGGCGCAUGCCCCACGAUGUGGUGCUCAGUGGCUACCGAGUCUCAGCGGGAACAGACGUAGGCAUCGCCGCCAACUAUCAGAUGGCCAAUAUGGAGCAGUUCGUCCCGCAGGUCCGGGAAUUCAUUCCAGAGCGGUGGCUCCGGGACGAGAAGAACUCGCACCUAGUGGGCGAAACGGCCACGCCCUUCAUGUACCUGCCCUUCGGCUUCGGACCGCGCUCCUGUGCCGGCAAGCGCAUCGUGGACCUAAUGAUGGAGAUAGCCAUUGCCCGGCUGGUGAGGAACUUCCAGAUCGGAUUCGACUAUCCCAUCGAGAAUGCCUUCAAAGCCCAGUUCUUUGUUCAGCCGAAUAUUCCUUUCAAGUUUAAAUUUGUGGAUCGAAACGAUUGA